CUUUGUCAAACAUUCAUUUUCAAAAUGUGACAACCACCCAUUAUUAAAACCAUUUUCUCCCAGCCAUAUUCAUGCAACUCCAACUCAAAUAACCAUGGCUAGUUUUCUUGUUUUCACAUCCUACAUUGUUGUAAUUUUUUGUGUAUCAAAUGGUUAUAUCAAUGGUGUCGAUGCAGCUCGCGCUUUCUUCGUGUUCGGAGAUUCACUUGUCGAUAAUGGCAACAAUAAUUACUUGGCCUCAUUGGCUCGAGCCGAUUCUCCGCCUUAUGGCAUUGAUUAUCCGACCGGCGAACCCACCGGACGUUUCUCUAACGGCUUAAACAUUCCUGAUUUAAUCAGCAAAGAACUUGGAUCAGAACCCACAUUGCCAUAUUUAAGUCCUGACCUCAGAGGGAAAAAAUUGCUUGUUGGUGCUAACUUUGCUUCUGCUGGUGUUGGAAUUCUCAAUGACACUGGAUUUCAAUUUAUAGAAAUAAUCAGAAUCUACAACCAGUUAGAUUUUUUUGAAGAAUAUAAGAAAAAGUUAAGUGUUAUUAUUGGAGAUGAAAAAGCUAUAAGAUUAGUAAAUCGAGCAUUAGUACUAAUCUCGUGUGGUGCUAAUGAUUUUGUGAAUAACUACUACCUUGUCUCUAACUCACUAAGAUCUCGCCAAUACGAUUUACCAGAGUUCGUUAAUUAUUUGAUCAGCGAGUAUAAGAAGAUUUUACGGAGACUAUAUAAUCUUGGAGCGCGUAGGGUGGUGGUGACUGGAACGGGUCCAAUGGGCUGCGCUCCAUCGGAACUAGCCCUUAGAAGAGGUCCGAAUGACGGAUGCUCAACUGAGUUAGGACUUGCUGCAUCGUUGUAUAAUCCAAAACUUUUUCAGAUGAUCGUAGAACUCAACCGCGAACUCGGUUCUGAUGUCUUCGUUGUCGUUACCAUGGAUGUGAAUGGCGUGUUUGAAAAUGAAUUUGUUGAAACAAAAAAAGCAUGUUGUGGUCAAGGACCUUUUAAUGGAAUUGGAUUAUGCACAUUGGCAUCAAACAUAUGUCAAAGACGUGAAGACUAUUUGUUUUGGGAUGCAUUUCAUCCAUCAGAAAAAGCAAACAAGUUGAUUGUUGAGAAAAUUAUGACAGCUUCCACAGAGUUCAUAUAUCCAAUGAAUCUCAGUACCAUUUUGGCUUUGGAUUCCAAGAUCAAUAAUGUUGUCUAGCUAAACCAACCAAAAAAAUUAUUUUAAUGAUGUAUGUCUAUUUGUUUCGUUAUAUAUAUUGUUUGUUAUAUACAUAGUAUAUAUAUGUUGUUUAUGUUGAAUAAUGAAUGUCCUUUUAUAUGAAAUAAAUGUUUUUUCUUUUGCCCUCAA